AUGAGGGAGACUACACCAUUGAAGAAGAGCUACAGAAAGUAUAAGAGCUCUACUAGGGAAGAUAAUAACGAGAGACCAGAUUACGAUGAAGAACAACAAUAUGAAGAAUACGAAGAUUCAUUUUCAAUGAGUAACACUACCAAAUAUACUUUAUUUACUAUAAUUGGGUUGAUAACUUUAUUAGCCUUGUAUUUUUUCACGGUUUUCCUACCGGGUUAUUUUAUUCCCGAAGCAGUUGCAUUAAAACCUAUUGAGAAUAUAUCCGAUAUACCUGUUACAUUAGUAUCAUCGUCGAAUAAGGAAAACAACGAGGCCACUGAUAAGAGAGAAGUGGAUAGAAUAAUCUUAAUUGGUGAUAUUCAUGGUCAUUAUAUCGAAUUUAGAAAAUUGUUAACAAAAAUACAUUAUAACAAACAUAAAGAUCAUUUGAUUGUUUUAGGUGAUUUUAUAAGUAAAGGUCCAGAUUCAUUUAAAACAUUAAAUUAUUUGAUUAAUAAUAAUAUUGAUUGUGUAUUGGGUAAUCAUGAGUAUUAUAUUUUACAGAAUUAUGCCACUUUCCAUGGAUUAGACCAGCCGAAUUUUUCAUCAUCUAAAGGUCAAUCAAUUACCAUAAAGGAUUCAUUCAAUGAUGAUCCAGAAUUUUUAUUAGCUAAAAAACUCGAACCUCAUCAGGUUAAAUAUAUUAAUAAUUGUUCCAUAAUUAAAAAAUUGGGAUAUGUCCCAAAUCCUAAGGGAAAGAGCAAGAAUUCAAUUGGUGGUGAUAAUAAAUAUAGUCAAGGAAUAGCUGUACAUGCUGGUAUUAGACCAGAUUUACCAUUAGAUCAACAAGAUCCAAUUGAUAAUCUUGAAAUGAGAUCAUUAGUUGGACCAUUUUAUAAUGAGACUACAUCUGAUCCAACUAUGCCUAAUAGUAAAAGUUGGUCAAAAAUUUAUAAUUCAAAAAAUGGUGAAUAUCCUGCUGAUUAUAUUGUUUAUUAUGGCCAUGAUGCUGGAAGAGGAUUGAAAAUUAAAAAAUUCACUAAAGGGUUAGAUUCUCGUUGUGAUAGAAAUGGGAAAUUAUCAGCCAUGGUUAUAUCUAAACAGGAGGUGGGUGACGUAGAAACGAAUGAUGACAAUAAGAAGAAAUCUUUUGAGUUGGUUGAAGAAGUUUUUCAAGUUAAUUGUUAG